AUCCGGUUCCACGCUGAGGCUGGUGGUGACGCUGCCCCUUUAAUGUGGAGCAACAUAGAACACGAGUGUGGAGAAAAACGGGAUGGCAGAGGGAUGGGGCGCGGCGCGCAAAGAUCUCUGAGUUUGCGCCGCGACGCCCAACCGGUGUGAAAUAUGAGAGAUACCGAAAGAGCUGUUGGUCAUGAUGAGACGACAGCUAUGUGGACAUAUUGGGAAGGGAAGAAGAAUCUCAGAUGAAGGAAUGGAUCCACCACCUCAGGGCAUCUUUUAGGAGACAACAAACUGGACAGAAUAUUUACGUGUCUGCGCACCAAGAGAAUCCUGAACAUCACCAUGAUGAUGAUCUCCCAGCUCCAGGCUGCCUGUGUCUGAGGCAUAUAGGGGAGGUUAGUCCUGCAUCCUCACCCACUCUGUCCCCCCUCUUCCACUCCCACUGCUGCGCCGCUGCAAAGCUUCGACUGCCAACAAGAUGCUGCUGCUUUGACUGUGGGACAAGAUGUUUCUCUCCUCUGGGCGCAUUACGCAUUGAGGACAGACUGUGAACAAGCCUCAUAAGUGCGAAUAGUUGCACAUAGACACAGGCUCAGUCUGUAGCCCCACCCUCCACGAGCGUGUGUACCUUUCCAUUUCCUCGUGGCCCUGCGGGUGCCCCACCCUGUCUGAAAGCUGCAGGUCCCAUCUCCUUCCAGCAUGACGGUUGCUACCAGCGACCCCGUGGAUGAAGCAGCAGCACAUCCGGGUCAGCCUCACGACCAGUAUGACCCAGAACCUGACCAUGAGUGCUGCGAGAGGGUGGUCAUCAACAUUUCAGGCUUACGUUUCGAAACGCAGCUCAAGACCCUCUCACAAUUUCCAGAAACUUUGCUGGGCGAUCCGAAGAAAAGGAUGAGGUAUUUUGAUCCUCUUCGGAAUGAGUACUUUUUUGACCGGAAUCGACCGAGUUUUGAUGCAAUUUUGUAUUAUUAUCAGUCAGGAGGGAGACUGCGCCGGCCCGUUAAUGUGACUCUGGAUAUUUUUUCUGAGGAGAUACGGUUUUACGAACUGGGUGAGGAGGCCAUGGAAAUCUUCAGGGAGGAUGAGGGCUUCAUAAAAGAAGAGGAGCGGCCUUUGCCAGAAAAUGAGUUUCAGAGACAAGUGUGGCUCCUGUUUGAGUACCCAGAGAGCUCAGGUCCUGCUCGCAUCAUCGCUAUCAUCUCCGUCAUGGUGAUUCUUAUCUCUAUCGUCAGCUUCUGUCUGGAAACACUGCCACUUUUCCGAAAUGAAGAAGAGGAAAUGUACAAUUAUUUCCAAACCAUGUCCAACUACACCUCUACCCCUGAUUCAACAUAUUUUACAGAUCCCUUUUUCAUUGUGGAGACACUCUGCAUCAUCUGGUUUUCUUUUGAGUUUCUAGUGAGGUUCUUUGCCUGUCCCAGCAAAGCUGGAUUUUUUGGCAACAUCAUGAAUAUCAUCGAUAUUGUGGCAAUCAUUCCUUACUUUAUUACGUUGGGUACAGAGCUAGCAGAGAGGCCAGAGGACAGUCAGGCAGGCCAGCAGGCGAUGUCUUUGGCUAUUCUCCGUGUUAUUCGUCUUGUCAGAGUUUUUAGAAUCUUCAAACUCUCACGUCACUCCAAAGGACUCCAGAUCUUAGGACAGACACUGAAGGCCAGCAUGCGUGAGUUAGGCCUCCUCAUCUUCUUCUUGUUUAUUGGUGUGAUCCUCUUCUCCAGUGCGGUCUACUUUGCUGAAGCAGAUGAGCCACAUUCCCAGUUCAGCAGCAUCCCUGAGGCAUUUUGGUGGGCUGUGGUUUCCAUGACCACAGUUGGCUAUGGUGACAUGGUCCCAACUACCAUUGGAGGAAAAAUUGUUGGGUCUCUCUGUGCAAUUGCUGGUGUGCUAACCAUUGCUCUGCCCGUACCUGUCAUUGUCUCAAACUUCAACUACUUCUACCACAGAGAGACAGAGGGUGAAGAACAGGCACAGUAUCUAAAUAUCCCAAGUAUUCCAAAGGCCAGCUCAGCUGAUGAUCUCAAGAAGAGUGGCCGGACCGGCAGUGGAUCCACUCUCAGCAAGUCUGACUACGUGGAAAUUCAGGAGGCAGUGAACCACAGUAUGGACGACUUUAGACAAGAAAGCAUGAAAACAGGAAACUGUACCCUUGCCAAUACUAACUAUGUAAACAUCACGAAGAUGCGUACAGAUGUAUAGUGUAGCCAGGAUCCUCAUCUGAGGUCUGCAAAGAGUAAAAUGGGUGGUUGUGAAAGUAACUCCCUGAACAGACUGACAUAGGGCACUGCAGUCCAUAACAAAUCAGAAAGAAAAUAAAAAAUGAAGAAAAGGUUAGUGGAGAAAGACCUAUGACAUUCUAUGAAGCUAGUAACGCAUAGUACUGCCAUAUUUGGGACAUUGUUAGUGUCUGCAUGGAGUUAGUCUUUGCCAAUGUGACUGUAGUAAUCCUGCUCGCAAUAGUAGCCAUAUAGUAGCCUAUCCAGUAAUAAUCCAUAUUAACAGCCUCUAGGGACCACCAGUUUCUAUUGUACCUUCAUGCACAAACUGCCCUUGUGAGAAGCUGAUUGCUUACCAAAAAAAAAAUAAAACAGUCAGUCUCCAUGAGAACCUGCUCUAACUGCCGAGGAGCUGCCUCAAAGUAAACAAGCAGAAUCACCAAGGUCACAUCUGUUCUGGCACACAGAAGAGCUAAGCAACAAAGAGACCUGAGCGCGCAGUAUUCUAUGGGCCAAACUGUCAGUUUCCACAGAAUCCGCAACAAAGAAAGCCAACAUCAAAGGACAUGAGUGCAGCAGCAAUCAUUCUUCAUCUUUUGCUGGAUAAUGUCUACAAAACAAUAGAGUGGAGUCUGCAGAGACAAACAGCAACACAACAGUUAUGUGCUGAAUUCUGAAAUAACACACUACCGUCUUGAGCCUGAUAAUGUCCCCUGAUGAAUCUCAAAUGGAUCUACAGCAUCUAUCAGGAUAUACAGCAAGUGGACAUAAGAUGUUUCUUGCUAAGCAAA